UGCAAUCAGAUGACGACAAUUUCUCUGCUUCGUUACUCUUCCAAUGGUAUUAUUCCCUUUAUCUCCUUCUUUGCUAAUUCCCAUUCUGUUUCGGCAAUUCCAAUCAGAUAUUAUUCAUCUCAUAGCAAUAUUGAGAACGUAAGUGUUUAGAUGAUGCUAUGAGUCUCUUCCAUCGAAUGGUCAGAACUCAGCCUCUUCCUUCUGUUUUUAGCUUCUCGAAAUUAUUAAAGACUAUGGUAAAUAUGAAGCAUUACUCUGCUGUUGUUCCCCUUUUUCGACAAAUGCUGAAAUCUAAUAUCCCAAUCAGUGAUUACAUCUUGUGUAUCGUGAUUAACAGCUAUUGCCUAAUGCAUCGUACUGAUUGCGGAUUUUCGGUGUUAGCCAUUUACUUGAAGAAUGAUUCCAUUUAAUGUUGUCACAUUUAGCACCUUACUAAGGGGACUCUUUGCGGAAAAUAAGAUAAAAGAUGCAGUUAACUUGUUCAAAAAGUUGGUGAGAGAGAAUAUUUGUGAGCCGAACGAAUUCAUGUAUUCCACAGUCAUGAAUGGGCUUAGCAAAAGUGGCCAUACUCAAAAAAACUUUCGAUUUGGCACGGGUAAUGGAACAAGGAAGCACUAGGCCCUAUGGAAAGAUAGAAUGUUAGAUGCCGCAGUUAGCCUUUUUGAAGAGAUUUGUAACAAAAAGGCAUUCCUCUGGACAUAUAAUUCGUUGAUUGAUGGUCUCUGUAAGUUUGGUAAGUGGGAAAAGGUUAGGCCUUUGUUCUUUGAAAUGGUAAAUCUUAAUAUUUAUCCAAAUGUGCGCACUUUGGCCAUUGUAACGGAUGGAUUAUGCAAAGAAGGGAAAGUUGAAGAUGCCGAUGAGGUAAUGAGACACAUGAUUGAAAAAGGCUUAGAGCCUAAUGUGGUCACCUACAAUGUGAUAAUUGAUGGAUAUUGCUUGCCCAGUCAAAUGGAUAGAGCAAGGAGACUUUUCGAUUCCAUGAUAGAUAAGAUCAUCGAGCCUACCAUUAUUAGCUAUAACAUAUUAAUUAAUGGAUACUGUAAGAAAAAGAAAUUGGAUGAAGCCAUGCAUUUGUUUCGUGUAAUUUGUCGAAAUGGACCGAAACCUAACAUUGUUACAUACAGUACUAUCUUGCAAGGUCUAUUUGAAGUUGGAAGAACUGACUUUGUUGAAAAAUUCUUUGCUGAGAUGCUAUCUACAGGGCUCAAACCUAAUAUAUGCACUAAUGUCAUUUUGCUUGGUGGUUAUUUUCAGAAUGGGCUUGUUGAGAAAGCUUUAUUGCUUUUUCAUGAGUUGGAAAGAAAGAAAGAAUAUACUGAUAUUGAACUUUACGGUAUUGUAAUUGACGGAUUAUGUAGAAAUGGUAAGGUCGACAAAGCUCGAGCUAUUUUUGAGAAGCUUUCUUUAAUUGGAUGGUCUCCCAAUGUGAUAACUUACAAUAUGAUAAUAAAUGGGUUUUGUCUAGAAGGGUUGUUAGAUGAAGCUAAAGAUAUGCUUAAAAAAAUGGAAGAUAAUGGUUGUUCUCCAGAUAAUGCCACGUACAAUAUUAUUGUUCGAGGAUUUCUCAAGUUUCGCAGAACUAGUGAAAUGGCAACUCUUUUGAAGGAAAUGACUGGAAGGGGCUUCUCAUUUGAUGCAGCUACAGCAAAGUUACUUAUACACCUUAUCGCCGAGGAUCCUUCUUUGCUUAACAUGAUACCACAGUUUCACUCACUCAACAACAACAACAAACCCAGUGAAUUCUCACAAGUGGGGAUGAUACCACAGUUUCACUCGGGAAGUAAAAAGUGAAUAUUUAUUUCACUUGGUUUAUUCAGCUAUAUUUAUCAUUAUGAUGUAAUUUCCUUUUACCUCUGCAAAGGAAAUCGUAUCUAAUGGAAAUGCAGAAGGUGAAAGAAUGGCAGUUAGAACGUCCAAGUAAGCUUAUUGAGGAGUUAUUCCUUUUACAGAGGAAAUCAGCAAAGUAGUAAAACUCCCGGAGAAGCUUUUACAGCGGAAGAAUGGGUUUAAUGUUAUGGAUGCGGUGUUAAGCCUCGAAUUAUGGAUGUCAGUCGCACAAAACAAAUGACUCUGUUCUGGUCUUCACUGCACAAAGCAUGAGCAAGCGCCCAAUGAAGGGAAUGCUUACAGGCCGUGUUACCAUUUUAAACUGAGAUGACCAACCGAGAUUUUAGACUUGUUAUCAAAUUGUUUUGGCUAUUAACGAUGAGGUUGAAGAUCUUGAGAAGGCUGCAUUAAUGUCAAGAGAGGGUUUGCCGCUUAGAAAGUCCUGGGAAGAUUUCUACUUGAACUCGGAUUUACAUUCAUUCAGGAUACAUGGUAAAUCUAGGAAUAGCAUUCCAGUGCUCUUUACUAGUCUUAAGGCAAAUCCUUCCUUACCGAUGAUCCUUCAGCUGUUUUCUCAGAAUUGGAAGGUGAACUUAUCAAAACUGAACCUUGCAUGGAUUCACUCUGUCCAUUUCUGGUUGUCAAGAAAAAUUCAGAGAUGAAGAGGAGAUGGCUCACUCUAAAUAUACAUCUCCACAGUCCAUAGGUGCUGAAAAGGUUAAUGCAUGUUCAAUGUAAAUAAGAAGCCAUGUUCUUCGAUGGAAUUGUUGUGCCAUUUGCCUAGAGAAACUAUAUCAUCAGCUGCAAUGACACCAUCCGAUUCAUCCAUCAUCCUGAAUGCAAAUUCUACCGUGACGAAGAUUGCAGAGGCAUGUUACUUACGUUUAGUGUCCUCUUGAACACAGAGGCUGGCAAGGAUUAUUAUAGCUACCAUCUAUUUUAAGUAUUUUUAUAAUUUAUUUUCUGAAACAUUGAAGUGUUUUGGAAGUUAAGUUGUAUUAAUAUGAAUUUAGCCGGGUAAGUUCUUGUCAUAUUUUAGUUGACUAACUGGAACUGCCCGAGUUCUUCUUGUCA